ACACUGACUAUCGGUCAACUCAAACGCCAGGCCAACAAAAUAGCCAUUAAUCUUAUAGAUAGGGGAGUGACCAAAGGGGACAGAAUCGCGUUUUACGGCCAAAACUCAAUACAACACACGGUAUUGCGAUUUGUGGCCACAUUUCUGGGCCUAACAUUCAUACCAUUGAGUCCAACGUUUGGCAAAUAUGAGGUGAAACAGGAAUUCCUAUCGACCGGAGCCACGAUUAUUAUGAGUUCGGCUCAAGACUUUAAUAAAUUUCAAGGGGUUUUAGACAACAACACAAUUAGAGUUAAACUUGUAAUUAUUUUUGACGGCAAAUACGACACUAACUUAAACUUUGACCAGUUAUUGGCUGAGGGCAAAGAUAGGGCACUCGACCGGUACCCUUAUUUCCCGGUAAACCCGGACACCGAUAUGUUUUUCUUAAUACACACGUCGGGCAGCACUGGACCCCCGAAGUGUGCAAUGAUAACGCAUCGGGCAAUGAUUGACGGGUGUCAGGAACCAGAUAUAUUUCUAGAUUUUGACCAAUUAGAUGGUCAGGCUAUUUGUGCGAUGCCGUUCACGUGCGGCCACAUUAUGGGUACAGUUCUCAUACCAUUACAAAUAAUAAAAGGCACUCAAUUGGUAUUGUUUGGAGAGUUUAAUGAAGAGAUUCUGAUGCAAGCGAUUGAAAAGUAUAAGAUCAAUGUUUUGGGUGCUUUCCCCAGUAUUGGGCGCAGAUUGAUCGAGGGUGAUUUGGUUGGCAAAUACGACAUCAGUAGUUUGAAAGGCAUGAGUACCGGUGGCGCCGCCUUUCCCGGCAAUAUUGCAAAACAAAUAAUUAAAAAGUGCGGCAUUAGAUUUAGGGAAGCUUAUGGUAUGACUGAGUUUAUAUGGGUUACGGUUGGGUCCAACCCUAAUGAGGAGUACAUACCAGGAAAUCUUGGUAAUGUUGCCCCCGGGUGUGAGCUCAAGAUCGUUGAUUUAACAACUGGUGAAAGUUUGGGUCCGAACCAGGAUGGUGAGAUAUGUGUCCGUGGUAAUAAAAUAUUAGUCGGUUAUCUCAACAAUGAAAAGGCAACUAAAGAGGCCAUAGAUAAGGACGGGUGGUAUCGGACGGGAGAUAUCGGGCGAUACGACGAAAGGGAGAGAAUAUUCAUCACCGAUAGACUCAAAGAAGUUAUGCGAAUAUCGAGUGGUAACCAAAUAGCAAAUGUAUCUCCCGUUGAGAUCGAGCAGUACUUAUUGACCCACCCGUCCAUCGCUGAAGUGGCUGUUGUGGGCGUUGUUAGAAAAUCGGGUGGUCAUUGGCCCCGGGCUUAUGUGACCAUUAAGCCUAAUGUUUCCGGUGUUACGAGUGAACAAAUUGAAGAAUUUAUAUCGGACACAUUGGCCAACACUAAGCAACUGAAGGGAGGCGUUGUGUUUAUCGAUGGCAUUAAAAGAACUGCAAUCGGAAAAGUCGACCGAAAAUACUAUCGAACUUUGGUUAAGGACGAAGUGCUUAACUAUUAG